AUGACCAACGGGCAAGUUUAUCUCGGAGAACUUACCAGCCCAGCUUAUAUCGGACACCUUGACGACCACACCACGGCGGAGACCAUCGACGCCCUGCUAGCCCAGCAUGGCCUGCAUCCCAGCACGACGAUCAUGACGGACCCCGAUACCGGCGACAGCCGACUCUGGGGGUUCAUCCAGUUUCCCUGGCACACUUCCGAAGCCGAGAAGUGCAUCAACCUGUUUGAUCACACAGAGAUUGAUGGGAGCGAGGUCAAUCUUCACAUGGUGAGGGGACCUAAUCCAGCUGGUGGUGCCCACAGUUCGGGGUAUGGGUCCGCUACGGGUCAAGGAUAUGGAGGAUCUGGAAGAUAUGAAGAUUUGUAUCCGCAUUCUGGAGGAUAUUUUUACUAG